GUUAAAGCCAUUGGAGCACAGAGGAAAUAGGCUGCAGCACAGGAAGAAAAGGGGGCAGUGUCUGUAACUUUGUGGCCCGUGGUGGGUGAGGAGCCAACGCAGGGCGUUUGCUGGACACCCUGCCAGCAGCACUGGUGACAAGUGACUCUUGCAUGCAGGAGGUGGAGGAGAAACUGGUGUGUGAGGCAGUCGUGGAGCCAGAGAUAACAAAGAAAGUGAUAAUCAAGACAAAGGUCACCUGCAAGUUCAUUUCUCCCACGGUGCAAAUAUCAUCCAGAGCAAUCACUUUCCGUGUGGAGAAGCACCCCAAGGAUGUCCUGACUCUUCAGUACAAGCCUCUGUCUUUAAAAAACACCUGCUGCCUGCCAUUGUACCUUUUGCUGGACUUGAGGCAGCCGUUCCUAAUCUGUGAUGCAAACCAGCAGCGCCUCCCUGCAGGGGCCCAGCCUGUGGAGAUGGAGGCAGGGCAGGAACUUCAUCUCUACAUCAGCUUUAACCCAGCCUAUGAAAAGGAUCCGAUCAGCUGGGUAGUAGAGAAGACUCUGAAGAUCCGGCUCAUGGACCAUCCUCAUGAGGAAGAGAUCACCGUUCGGGGAGAGGUCUACUUCCCGAAUCUCCGGAUCCCCACCAAAGCACUGGACUUUGGUUGCAUCGUGAAUGGCACAGAACAAGUGCGUUACCUGGAGAUGACCAACUGCGGCCCAAUCCCUGCCCACUACCACUGGUCAUUCCAGGUGAACAGCAAGGAGUACCCAACAGGGUUCAUACCUUCCCCACCUACAUUCAAACCACAAAUAGUCACGUUCGGCUGUGUUGAGUGUGGGCGUUAUCCAAGGAGGUACUUCAGGCCUGGAAGUGUGCAGGAGCCAGCCAAAGCCCCGGGAGCAGCACAGGACUCUGCCCAACAAUCAUCACAUUCAGCAAACUGCCUGGAAACAGAACGGGAUUCUUCUGGAGAGUCAUCAGAUUCAGAGGACUCCCUGGAAACAGAAUGGGAUUCUUGUGAAGAGUCAUCAGAUUCAGAGGACUCCCUGGAAACAGAGGAUGAUUCUCCUAAACAGUCACCAGAUCCAGAGAACUCCCUGGAAACAAAGGAGGACUCUUCCCAAAAGUCGUCACAUUCAGAGGCCUCCCUGGAAGCAAAGGUGCCACCACACACUGCUGCAGGGCCUCGGAGCUCAGCGGAGACGAAGGGGUCUGGGCAGUCGGCAGAGGCAAAGCCCCCUGGCUUCAGAGCGGAGGAGGUUUUCGAUGUCCAGCCGGUGUCCGGUGUGCUGCAGCCGGGCAGGAGCCAGCAGGUGCCCGUCACCUUCUUUGGCCACGCCAACAUCAUCGCCCAUGUCACGGCGCUGUGUCGGGUGGAGGGAGGCCCAACCUAUGAGGUAAAGCUAAGGGGGGAGACUUCGGUCCUCACCUACCACCUGAGCACUGAGGAGAUCGACUGCGGGCUGCAGCUCUUUAAUGAAGUCACCAAAGCAGAGGUCACCCUGCGGAACAACGGGAAGAUGGGAUUCACCUACGUGGUACAGAGCCCCAGCACUGGCACUGCAGACAAGCCUCUGCCUGGUGUGCUCGUGGUCCUGCCCAACACAGCUUCCAUUGAACCUGGCAAGGAGCAAGUGCUGAAGCUCUAUUACCUGCCAGGAGUGCCAGGAGUCUUCUGCAGGACUUUCCAGGUUCAAGUGGGUCACCUGAAACCAGCAGAAAUCUCCCUGAAAGGAGAGGCGGUCUUUGCCGGGAUCUGUCUGGACCUGCCCUGGAGCAUCAGAGGAAAUGAAAAAUACGAGAGACUAUUGAAACAAGCAAAAGAAAAGCUGAAAAAAGACAAGCAGAACAAGAAAGCAAGUGUUUGGAGGAAGGCUCAAAUCAGGAAGCGACACGCAAAGGGCCCUGGCAUUGUGGUAGGAACAGCUGCAGUCCCAUUUGGCACAUGCCACCCUCCCCAUGUCACUUGAGCCCCUGACACCCCA